GAUUUAAAUCUAUUGGCUGUUCCACACUCCGGAGCAGAAGGUGGCGGUAAGCUGGAUGCCAAAAACAAGAAGCAGAAGAAGAAGAAGCAGAAGCAGAAGAAGAAGACGCCGCCCACCGUCAAUAAAGCCCGCGCAACACAAGUCGCUUGCGUCCGUCGGGGAAGGAGGAAGGUGUUUCUGUCUUUGUAACACACGGGGUUCAGAUCACAUCACGUCACUAUGUUGAUAAACCCAGAACAGGAGGCCCUGAUUGGCCGGGUGUUUGAAAGCUAUCUGACCGAGCAUCAUCAUGGGGACAUUCUCCAGCUUAUUGCAGAGACUAAUGAAGAGACCCAUCACCCUGUUGUUGUUAAUGCCAUGACCUUGUUUGAAGCCAAUAUGGAGGUUGGGGACUAUUUCAACGCCUAUCCCAAUGAUGUCCUGGCUAUAUUUGAUAAAGUGUUACACAGAACAGCCAUGGAGUUGUCAGAGAAUUCCUCUCCCAAGCACUAUAGAGGACCAGGAACAACAGAACAGAGAAUGAGACACACUCUUCAUGCCCGCAUCACAGGUCUGCCAGUUUGUCCAGAGCUGACCAGAGACACCAUUCCCAGGUCCAGAGAUGUAGGGCACUUUUUGUCUGUCACUGGUACUGUCAUACGCACCAGUGUUACCAAGGUUCUGGAAUAUGAGCGAGAUUACAUGUGCGUAAAGUGUCGUCAUGUCUUCACGGCGCAGGCUGAUUUUGACCAGUCCUAUACCUUUCUCCAACCGGUGGCCUGUCCAAAUCCUAAUGGCUGUAACUCAUACAAAUUCAGCUGUCUGUCUGGAUCUGAGCCUGCUGCCUGCAGGGACUACCAGGAGAUCAAGAUACAAGAGCAAGUGCAGAGGCUGUCAGUGGGCAGUAUUCCUCGUUCUAUGGUGGUGGUUCUGGAGGACGACCUGGUUGACAGUUGUAAAUCUGGAGAUGAUGUGACUGUCUAUGGGGUAAUGUGCCAACGCUGGAAGCCCUUUUAUGAUGGUGCUCGCUGUGAUGUGGAGCUGGUCCUCAAAGCUAACAACAUAGAAGUGAACAACCAGCAGGCUGCUGCUGCUCUGCUCAUGAAGGACGUUCAGAAAGAAUUUGAAGACUUCUGGAAUAGCUACAAACAUGAUCCCAUAGCUGGUAGGAACCAGAUCUUGUUGAGCCUGUGCCCUCAGGUAUAUGGCAUGUAUGUGGUUAAACUGGCGGUGGCCAUGGUGUUGGCUGGCGGAGUGCAGAGAAUAGAUUCUUCUGGGACCAAGAUCAGGGGUGAGUGUCAUAUGUUGCUGGUUGGUGACCCUGGCACAGGGAAGUCUCAGUUCCUGAAGUAUGCAGCUAAGAUCAUGCCUCGCUCUGUACUCACGGCUGGAAUUGGAUCAACAAGUGCAGGACUGACAGUAGCAGCGGUGAAAGAUGGAGGUGAUUGGCAUCUGGAGGCAGGAGCCCUGGUCCUGUCAGAUGGUGGUUUGUGCUGCAUUGAUGAAUUCAACAGCAUCAAGGAACAUGACCGCAUCAGCAUCCAUGAAGCUAUGGAGCAGCAGUCUAUUAGUGUAGCCAAAGCUGGUAUGGUGUGUAAGCUGAACACUCGAACCACCAUCCUGGCAGCCACCAACCCUAAAGGCCAGUACGAUCCCAGCGAGCCGCUGUCUGUGAAUGUAGCUCUGGCCAGUCCUUUGCUGAGUCGUUUUGACCUGGUUCUGGUUCUGCUUGACACCAGAAACGCAGAGUGGGACCGCAUCAUCUCCUCUUUUAUUCUGGAGGACAGAGGACUGCCUGCUGAGUCUUCCAGCCUGUGGUCCAUGGACAAAAUGAAGGCUUAUUUCAGCGUGAUUAAACGCUUGCAGCCGCAGGUGUCUGAGGAGGCCAACAGCAUCUUGACACGUUACUACCAGCUGCAGAGACAGAGUGACGGCCGCAACGCUGCCCGCACCACCAUUCGCAUGCUGGAGAGUCUGAGCAGACUGGCUGAAGCUCAUGCCAGGCUUAUGUACAGAGAGACGGCGACCAUAGAGGACGCUGUCAUGGCUGUCUCCGUCAUGGAGUGCUCCAUGCAGGGCGCUGCUCUGCUGGGAAAUGUAAAUGCAUUACUCACUUCUUUCCCUGCUGACCCCGGUCAGCAGUAUCAAACUCGGUGUCAGAUACUACUGGAAGGACUGAACCUGCCGCUGCUCCUUCAGAAGGAGAUGGACAGACUGGCCAGGCUAAAGAGCAACACCUCGGAUGCCUCCCAAUUUGACCCACCAACUUAUAAUAACCAGCAUCAACUCAGAGACACAAACUCCAUCAACAAAUCACACUGCCAUGACAGCACCAGUAACUGCAAGGGUGAUGUCACGGUGGAGAGUGGCUUGGACUGGUUCCACUCCAUCACUCCUUCACUGGUACAUGGUAUGGCCUCGCCCAUACUUACAUCAACUCAAGAAAACCUCAGUAGAAAACCAAACUCCAGUUGGUCAGAAAUGUCCACAGUAACCAAACAGCCAAACUGUCCAACAGAGAAGGACAUUCUUAGUAACACUGGCUCAACAUUAAACCACAGUGUUGUUUCAAAUCCCUUUGGAUCAAUUACUUGUGCUUCAGAAGAAGAAAACCGACAAAGUAAGAAAAAUGAAAACCUCAAAGAAAAGAGCUCUAUAAGAGCUCUCCAAGAGGAGAUAAAGCAAUCUCAGAGACAGGAAGAUAAAAAACAUGCAGAGUCUGUGUUUCAGAAAGUCUCUAAGAAGCUGAGAGACAGAAGACUCAGGGAGCUAGAGCUGAAUCCUCAGCAGUGUGACAAAGAGGGAGGAGGAGGACAUGGAGAGAGGGUGGUGUCCGGAGAUAGUGCAAGUAAAAAUGUGACUGAUGUUUUAGAUCCGACAGAAUGCCACACUAGCAGCACGCUGUCAUCAGGUAACGGCCCCUCAAAUAACCUGGUUCAGGAUACCCUGUCCUCUGGUAUAUUUGAGAAGGGAGACAAGAGGGAGCAGACUGGGACUAAGAACAUUAGUGCUGUGCUAAGGGAAAAGAUGGCCGCUGAAGCUGAAACAGGUGAAGGAUUUCAUGCAAAGUUGUCAGGCUUUAUAUUCAAACCAAGGAAGAUGAUACCUUCAGUCCACAACCACGAGCUCAAUGCCAGCUCAGAGUUCCAAGCUGAAUGUAUCCCAGCCAGCAGAGAUCUUCACACCCACACACGGAGCAGAAUAAGUACACAGAAGCCAGUUAGUCAUGAUGACUCAAGUGAAGACCCACUUACAGGCACAGAGAAGAAAAAAAGACAGAACCAGUACCAAGAUGUUUUGGAAGGUGAAGGCAGGAGAAAUCUGAGCAGUGUCAGUGAGGAGGGAGAGAGUAGCUCUGAAGGCAGCGUUUGUUUUACGUCAGAAGAACUCCGUAAGGAUGGUUUUUCCUUUGACGAACUGGCACAAGGAAAAACUGUAGAUGGAAUAAAGGGGAGUGAUGGUACAGAAAAUCUGUGUCAACAACAAAGAACCAGCACCAGUGAUGAGACUAAAGUAGAUGGCUUUACGUGCACCCCACCUUCAAAACCAAGCACUUGCAUGAAUGAUCCAGCACUAUCCAGAGCAGGCUGCACCAAGUCCACUGUGGCCACCUCCACCCUGGAUAAACUCUCAAGAUUUUCUUUCACCUGCACAACUGAACCCACAACCACAGCGAAAGUGGGAAAAAAUCCUCCAACUGGAGUGAAGAAAAGCCCACUGAGAAGAGACCGCGCUGAAUGCUCGAGAGCGAAUUCUAAAGACGAGGAAACAAUAAAUUCCCUCGAACACAGACGCUCAGCAAAGAAGAUCAAAACUGUAGUCACCAUGGGCAAAGUAAAGGACAGAUUACCCCCCCCAGCCACAGAGCUCACACCAGGACAGGAACACGAAGAAGGGACAGAGUCACCAGCUAAAACAAUGUCAAAGUGCAGAGCGAGGCAGAUUGUGAAUGAUGGUCCUGUUGACUAUCAAAGCACUGUUCAUCUGAAGAAGAGAAAGUGUUUUGAGCUGGGCCCUCCACCAAGUAGUGUUGGUGGUUCCAAGGGUCUCUUCUCAGGACUGUCUCCGUUUGGCUCUGUUGAGUUAAGUAAUGAUGUUUUUGACACUGACUGGGACCAAGAAUUUUCAAAGAAAGCCAAAAACUGAAAUCCCAGGCUCCUGUCACAAUGUGCAUGUGGAUAAAGAAGAAUGCCACGAUAAUGCACGUCACACCACGUGUUUCUGUGGGGCACAUCAGUUGAAUUCUGUGCCUGAUGGAUGAUUUAGUUACCUUCUAUAGCCUGAAAAUAAAUGCUAAAUCAAUGGGGAAGUUGAGGAAUUGCAUUUUUUUUUUCUUUCUCUCUUAUGCCUGAAAAGACUGGAUCCCAGCUCAGCAGCUAGGGCUCAGGCAAGUAGUUGCAUCGUGGCAACAUGACAAGGAACUGUAUAUUUUGGCCAAAAAUGUAUCAAUGUUUUGUCAUAGAGAGAAAAUUCCUGGGUCCGCACAUUCUUUAGCCUAUUAACUACAAUUUGUUUACAUUACUGAAUGUUGUGCACCGCUUUUCCGAAGAGUACAAUGGGCCUCAUCAAGCAUUUGUACGCACCGACUUCAUCUUUAGUCGUUGGAUUCUUCAGUGUUUUUCUCAUUUCUAAAAUAUUGGUAGGUCAGAACAAAAUUUACAAGUGGUCAGUACCACCUCCAUACAGAUACACAGCAUUUCGUGGUGGUGUGUUUUUGGCUGUUUUAGUAAAAAAAAGAAAAAAAAAGAAAAACACAAACAAACAAAAACAGCUGAUGUUGGGAAACUACCAGAUGUAAUGCUUUGUAUUUUCAACAUUUUUCAUCAUGUUUCUCUAAAACGGUUUCUUCUUGAUUAAUACAAAAUGCUGGAGAUGUGCUUGACAUCAGAUGGUUGUGCAUGAAAACAAGUUGGUAUUCUCUACUUUUGGCACAGUUGAGCGACUAGGUUUCCAGCAGACGUCGUUUCACUUUCUAUUUAUACCUGAUCAUGUACGUCUGGUAUCGGCAGGUGUCCUGUCACACAAGGUCUCUGAGUUCUGCAUGCAUUACACGCAUUAUGUCCUUGGGACUUAAUACUGAAGCUGACAGAUGGUUUUUAACCAGAGCACUUCUGUCUAUUGUAAAUAUUUCUAUUUUUGCCAGGCACUUGGAGGCCUGUCGCUCACUCUAUCAUGUCGCUUAGCAGCCAGUACACCUCCAUCCGCUGCCUUGUUAUUAUACAGUAUGACUCAGUUUCUGCUUUAUCGUGAUUCUGAUUGUCUCCUUAGGCUCAUAACACUGUGUGGAGCAUGCGUCCAGUUUGAGAGCCAAUGUGUUUGGAUUGAUUUCCUACCGUCCAAAAGCCCUCCGUUUCCAUUGGUUUCACUCCGCUAUGAAAAUCAUUUUGAACACUAAAAACUUGCAUCAAAUAUGUCGUUGCCUUUAUUUAUUCUUUGUUCGAAGUUCUAAUUGAUGGUUAUGCUGUUGUGAGUAUUCAGACACUGACCUCACCUUUUUAAGCGUUUUAAUGCAGGAAACAUAAUUCGCAGUAUAAUUUUCACCACCAUUGUUUGUCUUUAGGAUCAGACAUAUCAGGUUUUCAGGUAACAGAGCUUCACAGUGGAUUGCUGUUUUCAGAUCAGACCAAUGACGGACUGGCCAUCUGGAGCCGCUUGACAAUUGGGGCCGAUGCAACGCGAAAUAUACAUAUUUCUAAAUAAGCCCAGCCCCCGCUGAAAUAAAAAUAAGUGUUGUGUGGCUCACUGGCCCAGGCGAGUGCAAAAGAAUCCGUCUGCAGCCUGCAAGAAAUCUUUCUUAAAGGUGUACGACCCUGCCAGGGCAUUCUGGCUUUCAUCUGUUUCUCAUCUAUAUUAAUUAGCCACUACAACUUUGAAGAUUCAGAUAUGAUGUUCAAUGAGCUCAAAUGCAGAAUACUGAGUACUAAAUAACUGGUGAUAAGUUUUAUUUGGCUUAACAUUAACUGUCAUGAAUAUGUGGAUGAGUAUGCCCUCUGUGGACAGCAGGGAACUUUUCUCAUCUAUAAAGAUACAUCUCCAUUACUAGCACAAUCACACAUUAGUGUAUACCUCACCUGUGGGCUGUAACAAUACAUUUACUGCACAUAAUGAAUGAGUGUACAAUUUGUCAAUGGCAAUAUUGGCAAUAUUUAAAAUGUGUGACAAUCAUGCUCUUCCUGCUGUUGUCAAAAGUACGCAGAGCAGCUCAGAAGGGUAAUUAGCCAAAGUAUAUGUUAAUGUGUGUCAAUGAGGCAAAUGUAAUCAACUAGCUUCAGAGAACAGAAGGACUUAUUUUUCUCAGCUUGGACACAUUUUUAUGAUUAACUUGCUUGACAACACAACACCAACAGUAUCUGCUUUAUUCUCCUGGAAAGAGCUUUUCAACUACUCGAACUCCUUUGAACUGGGACUAAACUUUUCCACACUGUAUGAAAAUGCCACAUUCUGUGUCUUGCUGGUUGCAGCACUUCACUGAAGCUACAUCACAUUGAUAAUGCUGUCAUUCAUCAGGUUCAAACAAUUCCCAGGUUACUCAGAUUUACCCACUGAGGCUCCUACAAUAUUAGAUUUGGAAGGACUCUGCCCCUCCUUCCCACUCGCGCUGGAUUAGAGACGUUAUUUCCUGUAUGAAUCUAGAGAAAAUCCGCUACACUACCCGGGGAGCACAUUACAGUACAUUUUACAGUGUUGCUCCCCUUCUUGACAUUUGUUUUGUGAAACCCACUACAGUACUCUGAGUAGCUGUCCCCCCAUCCUAUUUAAUUAUUUUCAAUUUCCAUUAUUUCUCGAGUUAUUUUUACUGUGACUAUUAAGGUGUAUUAUAGAUAUUUUCUCUAUUGAUAUCUAGAAUUUUAGCUUUAUUUAUCCAUAGUUUAGAAUAUAUCUUGUGUGGUUGUCGGUGUGUUUCUUUUUGCUUGUGCAGAUGAAUGUGUUGUAGGCUUGGGCAAGGUAUUGGGCAAAGUGUGCCAUUGUUUUCCUAUGGGGAGAGCGCUGGUGCCCAACUAGGUGGAAGCCUAGGACCCUUGGCGGGGCGCACCCAUGGAUGUAUUAUUAGAACUGGAUCCCGGACCCCAAAAUCAUUCCAAUAAGAGUUGCUGGCCUGUUGCCUGGCCCCGCUCGCCCCCGCUCGCCCCAUAGACUUUACAUUGUGAUGACGUCACGGGUUUUUAAAUCACUUUUCUCGGCUCGAGGAAAGUUUUACAAAUAUAAAACCUCCAUGCAUCAAAAAGUCAUAAUAGAAAGAGUCGUAAUUGACCUUGUUUGCAGUUCGAGGCGUCCUGUCAACAGUACAGACGUCUUUUAUAAUGCUGGAAAAUGCUUUUUGGGCCACAGGGGAGUUUUUUGUUUGUGAAUAGGUACAUAGUUUACAAACUUAGCUAAAUCCAGUGCUAAAGUUAGCAAUUACGUAUCACACAGGGUGUGUGCAGGGUUCCCGCGGAUCCUUAAAAAGGCUUAAAGGGCAUUGAAUUCAUUCAUCUAAAAAUAAGGCCUUUAUUGGUAUUAAAAUGUCUUAAAUCAAUCUUUCAAAAGUCUUAAUGCUAAGACAUUGUUUUUUUUCUGGCGUUGCAUUGCGUUUUGUCAUGCAAGACAGCCAAUAAAAACAAAUUGAAGGGUCAAAGUUGUCAUAUUGACAUUUAAGGUGUGUUGACUGAUUCGCGGCAUCAACUCCUGCAGUGAGUAACAUGCAACAAAUCGUUGCACCGGUAGCUAGCUAACAUGAACUAGUAAAGAUGAAAAGGCAGCACAGCAUCCUUUGAUUCAUCGCUCACUGAUCUGACGGUUUCUUGCAAAGAAACAUGACAAAGCAGCUUGUUAAACUUUAACAGGCUGGAAAUGAAAGCUAGCUUAGCUCCGUUUUCAUAGCCUAUUAGCAUAUUAGAUGAGCUCACCUCUGCAUGCACUGCAGCUUUUCCUCAGAAUGGAUGUUUCCGAUGUGGCUUCAUUUGCUCGGCACAAGUAAGUAACUGAAAUCAUUAAGAACAAACUACUUGUGUUCAUUCGCCUUAUUUGCUUAAUGCCGCUAACUACAACCUACUACAGCCAUUAGCUGCUAAUGCUGCUGAGCUAGCUGUCUGGCUGACUGCCGCUUCAUAUUCUCAGCACCAUGAAACUAUUCAUAAAGUCAGUUAUAGUUGACUAAUGUAUGUAAACUUUCCACGGUAGGAACAGCGGUUAACAUUACAUUACGAGCCACAACUUAACUGUGCAUGCACCAUCGUCAUAGGAACUGAAACAAAUAGCACUACACCUGUGGGAGAAGCAGACCAAGAUGACAAAUGAACGAGCUUUUUUCAGUCUGUCAGUACUUUUAUGAUAAUAUGUUAAUUGUUUUCCAUGUGUUCCACUUUAGAAAGUGUUACAUUUUUUUCAACAUUUAAAGUAGAUCAUCAAAAAAGGCAUGUUUAUGUUACAAUAAAGGUUUGGGCAAAAUUGUCCCUAACCCCAAGUAACUGAUGUCGGUCCAUGUUUUUUUUCUUCAAUUUUAGUUAUUGUAAAAUUGGUCUUAAAUUUCAUUCUGAGUGGCAUUAAAAAAAAAUCUUAAAGCUG